UUCUGACAGUACUUAGUAAUUUGGUCUCGAUUUGGUGUUUUAUUUUAAUGACAUUUUAGUCUUACCUGUCCAUCAUUUAAAACCUGGUUUCUGAAAUACUAUUUAAAUAACAACCUAUGACUGGCUGGGUAACUUGACUUAAAAUUUUAAAAGAUCUGACGCGUCAUUUAACCUGCAGCACAAUUAAGUUCAGCCUGCCGCCGAGACCAUUCAAGCAUUAUUUAUCAAGUGGCGGCGUCCUGCUUUUAUAAUGUCCGCUACCCCACCCUUCACCUCCAUACCCUCUCUGGUUCCCUUCCACAGAUGAGAAAGGGAUAUCGUGAUUGCCUUGGGGGAGGUGUAAAGACACGAUUGUUUUUCCAGUCGGGUGUGUGAGCGCCAUGUAGCAUAACUAAAGUUGUCUAAACAUACUCAGAAGCAGAGCUCGCAUGGACUGGAGGGACUUUAGACGGAAUGGGCAGACGACGAAGAGGAGUCGCACAGCUGGAAGUUCGGCGAAUAAGUCGCCGAAGCAUGUAUCUAUAAAGUUACUGCGAAGCCUCCCACGGGCAGGGCAGAAGAUGUUCGUGGAGGCAGCUGUCCAGUGGUGGGUGUGGCCCACCAUUGUCUAUCUUAUGCCAAUGGCUUGGGUGCGAGUGGUUGACUCUUCCCUGCCCUGUCCCCAGAAGUGUGACUGCUGGCUGGAGACAUUGCAGGUAAACUGUUCCGAAAGGUUGCUGGUGACAGUACCCGAGGGCUUCCCUAGCAACACCCGGCUUCUGGACCUGUCCCGGAACCAGCUGAAGACGCUGAGCUACAGGCAGUUCUCCAGCCUGGUGCACCUGCGCGAGUUGAACCUCAGUGACAACUUGCUGUCCAUGAUCGAGGGGGAGGCCUUCCAGGGCCUGCAAAGUCUGCACACACUGAGGAUCAGGAACAACCAACUGAAGAUCCUCCCUGCAGGCAUCUUCUCGGGGCUUCAAAAUCUGCGCAUGCUCGACAUCAGCAGAAACGAGAUCGUGAUCUUGCUUGAUUAUACCUUCCGUGAGUUGGGCAGCCUGCAGCAUCUGGAGGCUGGGGAGAAUGACCUCGUGUUCAUCUCACCGCAAGCCUUUGUGGGUCUCCACAACCUGCAGGAGUUUAACCUGGACCGCUCCAACCUGAGUCAUAUUCCGAUGGAGGCCUUCUUCCAGCUCCAGGCCCUCACGCGACUACGUCUCCAGCGACUCAACCUCAGCGUGCUGCCAAACAACUCCUUCCGCCGGUUGAGUCACUUGCGUACCCUCAUGAUCUCACACUGCCCCAGCCUGGACACAGUGGCUAGCAACAGUUUAUUGGGGCUCAAUCUGAUCUCACUGACCAUCAGUCACAGCAACCUCACAGCAAUUCCAUACACAUCCCUUAACCACCUCGUCUACCUUCGUUACCUGGACCUGUCGUACAAUCCCAUCACAAUUGUAAAUGCCAACAUGUUGGGCGACUUGCUUCGGUUGCAAGAGUUCCACCUAGUCGGGUGCAACCUGUUCCGGAUCGAGCCGGGAGCCUUCCGGGGACUGGCCCACUUUCGGGUGCUCAAUGUGUCGUCCAACCACUUGCCUACCUUGGAGGAGGCCGUCUUCCGUUCUGUGGGUAACCUGGAGACCCUGAGGCUGGACAGCAACCCUCUGGCGUGCGACUGCCGUCUUCUGUGGUUGGUGCGUCGCCGCCUACGCCUGAACUUUGAUGGCCACCAGCCAUCCUGCGCUUCUCCGUACCCAGUGCAGGGCCUGGGGUUCUCUGAGGUCUUACUGCCCGGUAUCUUCACCUGCCGGCGAGCUCGAAUCUUAAACCGGAGGCCCCAAGCGGUCAAGGUUGAGGAGGGCCACACGGUACUGCUGUUCUGCAGUGGUGACGGAGACCCCAUGCCCAUCAUCAUCUGGUUGACGCCGCAACGGAGGGUCGUGUCGACCAAUGGGCGAAUCCGCGUGCUAAAUAAUGGAACAUUGGAAGUGCGCUAUGCCCAGUUACAGGACGAUGGGACAUAUGUUUGUGUGGCAUCCAACGCCGCAGGAAAUGACACCGUUCCAGUGCGGUUGCAUGUGCGCGGUUCCUCAUCCUCGUUUUUCCUGAACUCCAACAGCUCCUUCAGAAACCUCAACCCCUACCCCUUUGAUGCCAAGACCUUGAUCAUUGCCAUAACUACGGGCUUUUUUUGCUUCCUCGGCUCAAUGUCCAUCUGCUUUGUCUUCAUGCUGGUCUGGAGCCACAACAUGGGUAAAGUCACGCACACAGCCAUUGAAUUUGUGCCCCCCCGCAUUAACUGGAAUAGCAGCAGUGGGGGUGGCUCUGGUGGGGCAGAUGCCGCCAAGUUCUCCAUGAAGCUUAUGUGAUGGUAAGGAUGGAACGUGGCCUUUCCUGUGGAGCAAUGGGUGUAAAUGUAGUAACUAAGCAACAGUGAUUAAGCCCAUUCAAAGGGGGAAUCCCUAUAAGACUUGCCAUCUUUGAAAUAAUGUGCAUGAAAAUGUCUCAUAAAUUUGACUGUGCGGCCAUGAGACUGUGUAAGUUGUGUUUGAUACCUAUAGGUUUGUCUUCAGUUUUAUAUGUGUGUGUAUAUAUAUAUAAAUACGAUUCAUUUUUUUAUUCUUGUUUUUUAAGCAUGUAAAUUUAGACGUGAUUGUUUUUAUACAUGAAAGUCAGAGAAUGUUUUUGUGGUUAUGUUGAAAACUGUACAGCAAAUCUUAUCUACUAUAAAGAAAUGUUGUCGUUUGCACGG